AUCUCUCUGUCUUGAGGGUGCCUGCUUGAGUUGGAUAAGCCAUUUCUGCGCUCCAAGUUCAGUUAUCUAUCUGUGCUCAGGUUGCUUCGAUUCGAUCUGCUUGAGUUGGAUCUGAUUAUCCGCUGCUUGCAUACAUGCCAUGGUGUCACAGCGUAGAAAUGGCGAGGGAUUGAGUAGAAGCUAGAGUUCAGUUUCUUGUGCUAGGCUGGUUCGGUCGGCUUCAGUUUCAUGCUUGAGCUCAUCGUGUAGACAUCCUAGCUAUUCGGUGCUUGCAUACAUGUCAUGGUGUCGCAUCCUAGCUACAAAUCGUGACGAACAGAGUCAGUAGAAGCUAGAGUUUUCCUUCUGUGGGAUGGGAUGGGAUGGGAGCAAUAGCGUGGCAGUGGUGGCCGUAUAUGUCUGUCUGCCUUGUGUAGAGCGUCCCUGGUAGCUAGGUUAGCAAAGUAGAUCACAUACUUGUUGUGCAUAAUUGGUUGGCGGCUUGGCGCCAAGUUUACACGAGAUGGCCGUUAGCGUGCGAAAAGUUUGCCGUUUCGCGCGCUGGUCCCUGCUGCUGCUGCUUCAUAUUGAUUGAUGCAUCUGCAUCUUGUGCACACAGCUCUUGUUGAGUUAUUAGAAGUGUCCGAAGUAGCUAUGUAAUAUGCUUGCGUAGUCAGGGGACAACCCUGUGUGAUCUGAUGCAUUACAUUUCGUGCUAGUGCAGCGCCGAAAUGGUUGGAGAUUCAGUAGGUCAGAGCUUUCCUUCAGUGCGUACUAAUUAGUUGUAGUUGCCUGCAUAGCCGUUACCGCUUGCUAGACGACAGAGCAAGUUACGUACUUGCUAAGUACUGGACAUUUCUGUGCUCAGAGUCCACCCUUUUGCGCUCGAGCUUGCCCGUGCUACUUAAGACGUGUGCUUUAAUUUGCCAUGCACGCCUUGCAUAUUUAGUUAAUAAGUACUAUGCAUGUAACUGCUACAUAUUUACAUAUUUGGAAACAGCCUGAUAUGAUGCUUUCCGAAAUGAUAAAAAUGAACUUUGAAUGCCUGUCUAGUGCAACGCGUGUCUGCCAGCUGGAUAACAUCGUAAGUUGCAUACUGACUGAACAAAUGUUAGAAGUUUGAUUUGCUGAGUGCUACAGACUAACGCUGCUUACCUAAUAGGCACAACAAGCUUUGUGCCCAAGCUGUCAUCAUCCAGCCAUUCUCAAGACUAAUAUGGCGAUGCCUUAAGGUGCUUUUAAUGCCAUGGGAUUAUACUAUGGCCUUGAUGUUGCUGUAUUCGGUAAUGUCCGUUGUGGAGAUUCCGAGAGUAACAUUGGCGGUUUACAACCAGACCACGAGCCCGGAAUGCAAAUUUUUGUAGCAGCAGCAGCAGUGUUAGCUUCUCUCCAUCAUUGUUCGCUGCUGAGCCCUCAUGUGGCUGCACCAGCAGCGUUCCUGGUUGGAGCAACGAUGUGAAGCUGCAUGGGUCCAUUUCACUUACCCUUGUGGAUAACGUGGCUCGUUUUGAAGUUGCUUUUGUGCUAGCACAAUCUAACUAGCUAGGUUAAGCUAUACUCUUUGUUUACUUAGUGGUGUAAAUCUGUAAAGAAAGUCAAUACUUAGUUUUAGUCGAGCUUUGUGUAAAAUAUGGAAAGGAAGAGUGGAAUGAUACUGGAUGAACAUGUUCUGAAAGCUAAUGAUCGCAAGAGGAAACAUGAGUCGUCUGUGAAGAGUACUGGCACAGAUUAUUUUGCUGAGGUCUCUCAGCAUGCUGAUGGUUCUGCUGUCCUUAAGAAGUCUAAAAUGACCUCCUCUGCUGGUGAUAUUCUGGAGUGCUAUAAGAACUUCAAGACAAGCGGUUUGCCCAUGCGGGUGCUUUGUUACCACCAGGGUAAAUGGAGGGACUUUCCAGAGCAUGUUGUGAAUCUGGUACAGCAGGACUUCCAGUUGAAGAGGCCAAUUACUAAUGCUGUAUUGAAGAACCAGCAAGUCCUGUUGGACUUUAUGCACAUGGUCUGCAUUGAUUCUUCCAUGACCACAAACAAGCCAAUAGCAUGGAUUGAUGUUCAUGGUAACCGCUUUUUUCCAGAGUUAUGUGCUGGACUGGUAGCAUCUAAACCAUCUCAGCAUGGGAAAAGUGACCCCAGUGGUAAAUCUGAAGCUGGUGAGUGUGCUGGGAAUUUGAUUUUGACAGCUGGAGCUGAAAGCUCGAGUUCAGAUUCUGUUGAUGCAGUACUCCCUCAUGCUAAGAAGGUUAAUAACAUACUGGAGGAAGAACACGAGGUACAUAAUUAUGCUGCUGUUGAAAAUAAAGCUGGUCCUGCAAUCUGUUUGGAUGAACCUGCUAGUGGAAACAUACAUGCUGCUACUUGUAAGCAGAAAAUUGGCCAACCUGUUGAUUCAGCUGUGCGCAAAUUAUUACUUGAAGGGGCAGGCCAACCUUUUAGUGAAGAAAAUAUUAUUGGCAUCUACAGAACUCCACUGGUAGAUCAGCAUGGGCGGGCUCGCUUCAAUCUUUUCCAGAAGGAACUUGAAGCCACCAAAAUGCGUCGUGGGAACGCAAAUGUGCGCUACGCAUGGCUACCUUGUUCCAAGGAUACCAUGGAGGAGAUGAUGAUGCGUGGUGUUCUGGAAGUUACAAAACCCAUGCUGGGGCCAAUGUAUGGCAUUGGUACACAUCUUGCUCCAGCGAACUGCGCCAAAACUUGUGCUAGCUACUCAGAUAUUGACGAAAAUGGCAUCAUGAGGAUGAUGCUGUGCCGUGUCAUAAUGGGGAAUGUUGAGGUUGUACUUCCUGGAUCAAAGCAAUUCCAGCCAACUAAUGGAACAUUUGAUAGUGGCGUGGAUGAUCUUCAAAAGCCAAAGCACUAUGUCAUAUGGGAUGCUAAUGUGCAUAGACACAUCUAUGCUGAAUAUGCUGUUGUUAUCAAAGCACCUUCCAUGACCAAUGAAUACUUGGCUGGAGAAGAUACUGCAUCCAACGUAUCUGAGAUAAGAAAUUCUGGUUCAGCAGAAAGUGUAAUCAAGGACAAUAGUUCCGAAACCUUGGCAUCCCCAGCUGAUAAACAACAAGCACCCAGGUUUGGGCGUGCUCCAACUAGAAGGCCUCCCACUUCACCCUGGAUGCCCCUCCCAAUGCUUUUCGCUGCCAUCUCCACAAAAGUUCCUCGUUCUGACAUGGACGUAAUCCAUGGACACUAUGAAGAAUUCAAGAGGAGAAAGAUAAGCAGGCCCGAGUUUGUGAGACGGCUAAGACAGAUCGUCGGCGACAAGCUGCUGGUUUCUACAGUAGUGAGGCUGCAACCUAAGGUAGUGGCACCCAUGGCAGGUGCUGAAGUGCUACCAAGAGGAGCACCCGGCACGGGAGGGAGCAGCACCUCCUGAAGUAGCAGUUCGUCGAGAUAACAGCUCGUGGAGCCGCUCCUAGCGGAGAGAGGGAGAGCAUAAGGGAAGCCAUUAGUUAUGUGUCAGUUGGUUAUAGACAAGACUAGUCAGUAAUCUGUGAGCAACCUGUUAAGUUGGUGUAGCUUUCCAUCUGGUUGGUCUCUUGGCGUCAGUCGGUAACUGGAAAAAACUCUGUUGUAGCAGCUGCUGUUCUGUGCAAAUCUGUUUGCAGCUUGUACUGUGCUGUACUUGGUAAAUUUGUUGUCUUAA